UACGUCUUAUCCCUUAAAACCCCACACCGAUGGCUCAUCUUCACAUAUUCACAUCCUCUUCAACACAAACAAAACACAAGCAUGGCUUCAUCACUUGUCUCUUCCGUUGUCUUGUCUUUGUUUCUAGCUUUCAUUGCCACGGUCUCAGCUCAAACAGCUCCGGCACCUGCGCCCUCCGGUCCCUUGAACUUCACCGGCAUCCUCGACAAGAAUGGCCAAUACACCUACUUCCUCCGCUUCUUAGCCGACACCCAGGUCGGUAGCCAAAUACAAAACCAACUCAACACCACCAGCGAAGGCUUCACCGUGUUUGCUCCGACGGACAAUGCCUUCAACAACCUCAAACCUGGUCUGGUCAACAGCCUCGACCCACAGAAGAAAGUCCAGCUGAUCCAGUACCACGUUCUUCCUAAAUACUACUCCUUGAACGACCUCCAAUUCGUGAGCAACCCCGUUAGGACCCAAGCCACCAGUCAAGAAGGCGCCGUCUUCGGGCUCAACUUCACCGGCCAGAACAACCAGGUUAACGUCUCGUCCGGGGUGACCGAGACGCUGGUUAAUAACGCGUUGUAUCAAAAGAAACCGCUGGCGGUUUAUCAAGUGGACAAGGUGUUAUUGCCCGAGGAGUUUUUUGGAGCCAAAUCGCCGGCUGCUGCUCCUUCACCUGCAACGAAGAAAUCAUCAGGGCCUAAAUCGAACUCGACCGCAUCGUCGACCGCCGAUGAGCCAGCUGCGGCCGAUGAUUCGGGUUCGAGCGGAACGUUUAUGGGGUUGGGGUUGGUCCUUGGGCUUGCAUUGGCUUGCAUGGGAUUCCUCUCGUGAUAUAUAUGAAGUUUGAAUUGGUUUGUGGUGUCGUCGACAUUUUUCAUUAUAAAUUUCUUCUUUUCGAACAUUGAUUGUAUUUUUCUCAUUUUUUUGUUGAUUUUUCUUCCGCGUCUAUUGAUGUUAAUAAUAAUAAUAAUAUGUGAGUUUCUUCAAAUGCCUUAA